AAGUAAAAAUAUUUUGAAAGUAAAAGAUCGUUUCAUGUUCUCUGGUACGCACGACACCAAGUCCAGCAAGUCCAGGUUACGCGAGAACUCAUCAAUGGCAUCCCCAAAAAUGAGUCUGAAGCUUCUUGUCGACAGAAAAGGCUCUAGAGUGUUAUUUGCAGAAGUACCAAAAGAAUUUGUGGAUAUCCUUUUCCGUAUCUUCUCUUUGCCUCUAGGGACCCUCAUCGAGUCCGUUGGAUCCGAAUGGAUGGUGGGUUGUUUGGGAAAACUCAAAGAUAGCAUAGAAAGCCUCCGCGGAAACUACCUUCAACCUGGCAUCAAAAUGGAAGACGUCUUCAAUCACAAAACAACUUUCAAUGGUGACAUAUUUCGGUUGUCCUAUGAUGAGGCUCAAUCUGGUUCAUCUAAACCAGUUUAUAGAUGUCCCAAUGCAACAAGAAAGUACUAUGAUUCUGAUUCUAAUUCAGGUUCUCGUUUUGGUUAUGAUUAUGAUUAUCGCAAUUACAAGGCUUGCGAGUCAAACGUGACAUUGUAUGUGAAUACCAAAUGUCCCAAUUGUCGUCGUUCUAUGAAUGUUCCCAUGACUGUCGUAAGGCCAAAGGAGGUACUCGCGGAAACAAAGAAAACGGACCAGAAAAGGAAGAGAGGGUAUGUAAAGGAAGUUGCGACUUAUAUGGUAAUGGAUGAUUUGGUUGUGAAACCAAUGUCCACCAUUUCUAGCAUCACCGCCAUCAAUAAGUUUAGUGUCGAGGAUCUAAGUCAACUUGAGGAGAUGACCGUUUCUUUUGGAAAAGAAGAGGGUUUGAAGCUGUUAAAGGCAUCUCUGAAGACGGAUAAAGUGCUCACAGCUAUCUUUAUGCAUUAGAAUAUAGUUAUGGGUCUCGUUUAUGAAAUCUUUUGAUCUAGUUUCAUUCUGCAAUUAAUAAAUUUUCUUAACCUUUUGAAGAACAUACUAUCGAUUUGGA